AUGGCGAGAAACAAUCUAUUCAGACUAUUCUCACGCCACACUUUCCACUUCAAAAGACUCUUAUCUUCUUCUUCAUCUUCUCCACCUCCUAGUUUUGAACCCUUUGCUCCUCCUCCUCCUCUUCCUCUUCCGCGGCGGAGAGUAGUCGUCACAGGUAGUUCGGAUGAUGUAGGACUGGGACUGGUAACUCCCCUUGGCUGUGGAGUUGAAACGACAUGGAAGCGGCUGAUAGGUGGUGAAUGCGGAGUGAGAGCAUUAACUAUUGAAGAUCUCAAGAUGAGUAAUUUUGACGAAGAAACUCAAUUGCGUACUUUCGAACAAUUGACGUCUAAAGUUGCUGCUAUUGUCCCUCAAGGGUCCGGCCAAGGAAUGUUUAACGAGGAAAUGUGGAUGAAUUCUAAGGAACAUAAAUCAAUUGCAAGAUUCAUAGCUUACGCGCUAUGUGCAGCUGAUGAAGCUCUCAAAGAUGCAAACUGGAUGCCUACUGAGAAGGAUGAGAAAGAAAUGACGGGAGUCUCCAUUGGUGGAGGAAUUGGAAGCAUAAGCGAUAUACUGGAUGCCUCACAAAUGAUUUGUGAGAAGCGCCUUCGACGACUUAGUCCAUUUUUCAUUCCUCGGAUAUUGAUUAACAUGGCUUCUGGACAUGUGAGUAUGAAAUACGGAUUCCAGGGACCAAACCAUGCUGCAGUAACUGCUUGUGCUACUGGGGCACACUCAAUAGGUGAUGCAACAAGGAUGAUUCAAUUUGGAGAUGCUGAUGUUAUGGUGGCUGGUGGGACAGAAUCAAGUAUUGAUGCAUUGUCUAUAGCAGGGUUUUGUAGGUCAAGAGCCCUAUCCACAAAGUACAAUUCUUCUCCACAAGAAGCGUCCCGACCUUUUGAUAGCGGUCGAGAUGGAUUUGUGAUGGGUGAAGGUUCUGGCGUAUUGGUGUUGGAGGAAAUGGAACAUGCAAAAAGGAGGGGUGCAAAAAUCUAUGCAGAACUUCGCGGUUAUGGGAUGUCAGGUGAUGCAUAUCAUAUUACUAAACCGCAUAUUGAUGGUCGAGGUGCCAUCUUGGCUAUGACCCGUGCUCUAAAGCAGUCUGGUCUUCAUGCAUGUCAAGUGAAUUACAUAAAUGCUCAUGCUACUUCUACGCCUCUAGGCGAUGCUAUUGAGGCCAAUGCUAUCAAAUCCGUAUUUUCUGAGCACGCCACAUCAGGUUCAUUGACAUUGUCUUCUACAAAGGGUGCACUUGGUCAUCUGCUUGGUGCAGCUGGAGCAGUAGAAGCAAUUUUUACUGUGUUAUCUAUCCACAAAGGAGUUGCUCCUUUAACACUUAAUCUAACCGAGCCAGAUCCUGUUUUUAUCGACGGUUUCAAACCUUUGAUUAGUUCAAGAGUGAUGCCCAUUAGGGCAGCCCUUUCAAACUCUUUUGGCUUUGGAGGAACCAAUGCUUCUUUACUUUUCACAGCUGCAUCGUGAUUUUGCACCGCUUCCUUGACGUGUAGAUUAUCAAUAAA